AUGUCCGAAGCUGAGUGCCAGUCUCGCCGUUUGCCCACGUUGGUUACCUAUUGUCAGCGUGUCCUCUCUACAUACACAGAUUCCAUAAGCAGUUUGGGAGACGAUGCUAUACGAUAUGAUGUGAUUAAGCCGGUACUGGAAUGUUGCUCUGCAGAUACCCUUCUUCGUCUGGAACAAUCAUCACCCUAUCUUGAGAAUGAUACCUCUGAAAUAUGGCAACGAUUAUGUUGGAAAACGUUUCCCCUCUUAGCCGAACAGUAUUUCCAAGAAGGCUCUGAGGCUCCCGAAUCCUGGCGCGAGCAAUUUUUCUUAUUACGAGAGGCAGAGGCCGAACGGCUUGAACAAGCGGGUUCUCGGCUCCGCAGUCAACGCAUGGAAGCGGAAGAACGAAAGAAGGAACGUGAGGUCAAGAUUACCGAUCGCCUACCUCCCCCAAAACGUGCUCGAGGGUGGGGAGCGCCGAGUCAGCCCAAGACACUCUUCCAGAAGACCAAGAAUGACGCCACUAAAUUCCGUAGCUCCAUGUACUCUGCCCGUGUCAUUCCUCCUAAGCGACAGCGCACACUGCACAGUUCACCCGGUAUAAAGCCCGCAGCACCCAGACCUUCCGAGCCAACCAAGAGCAUGGUCACUGUCAAGACAGUCACCUACAAACGACCGUCUAUCCCACCCGCACCGCUUCAGUCAUCUGGCCGACCUACCACGCCAUCGGUCUUAACCCCUGCUACUCCUCCAAAAUUGGCUGCUUCUCCUCCUUCUGCUCGCUCGUUGAAACCUUCACCGAUAGUACAGCCACCAUUCACAGGGGAACAGCGGCCGAUUAAGCCUUCAAUAAACAAGAAGGAUCCCAUGGCUUCUCUAUUCAUGCCGAAGCACCGCACCCUUUCCCAGCGUCCAGGACAGACCGGUAAUGCACGCAUCAUGCCGACCCGAUAA